GUCCUGUUCAAGAUACCGCUUGGCGGCAGUCUAAGCUUCAGCUUUAAAUCGGUUUUCGGUUUGAACGAGCGACCUCGCAGUCGAGUGCGAGACGCCGUGCAAGUAACAUCGCGUUAAAUGCCGCGUCCUUUUUCUUCACGAUUUUUCCCUUAAUUUUUUAAUGGUUCAUUCCUCCAAAUUUUGUAUUAACACAUAGUUUCGAGACUCUUUAAGAUCAUUUUAGAAAUAAUUGAAAAGAGCGUAAAGAGUAAUCGUCUAAUUUGUUUACGCGGGAAUUAUUAGGAAAUCGGACAUAUCUGUUCGACCCUUUGAGCCUAAAGGCGAAUAUGGACGAGAAACAACAAAGCCAACAAUAGAAAGUUGCAAAGUUGCAAUUUUGUUUUUCAAGUUACGAAGAAAUAUGGAUAUAUUACAAGUUUUUUGAUAAUAUCAUUGUUGUUUUUGUUUUCUCCUUUGUUUAUUUAUUCUUUUCUAGUUCAUUUAAUUGUUUUAUUACGUUCUAAAAGAAAGCAGUUGAAUAGCAUAUUUAGUGGAAAGUGUAUCGACGAAAGUUUCGAACGGCGUUCACGGCCAACCUGUUAGUCAUGUGAGAACGGUAAAAACCAUUCUAGCAGGAACUCUGGAAGAGCAGUUUCUCGGAAACGGCCGUCAGAAUAGUAAUAACGAUGUAGUGAAACCUGCUUCUCGCCGAGCAAGGAUACGCGCUGUUUUGACGAUCGUCCCUUUGAUCGCUCGUGCGCUGUGGUGUUCGUAUGCGUUUUCGCGAAUGAUACCUUUUUAUUAUACAUAUGUAUGUGCAAAAUGAUAUCGUUUUUAAAAAGACAGCAUUCUUGCGAUUGUUUCAACGCGAUAUUGUAAAACUAUUGAACACAACAAAAAGAAAAAAAAUAAGAGGAAAUUACUAGAAAGAAGUGAAUCAGUUUACGGACAUGCAAUUAUUUUGCAACAGCUCUGGAUGGCGCGAUAGAAAGACAGGCAUGAAUGCACACCUGACGAACGGACUCCUAAUGCUUGCCCUCGCCAUCGUCGCGACGAUGCGGGACGAUGCGACGGUGCUCGCAUAUUCCGGCGCCCCAUUGGUCAUGGAUCAGGACAUCCCUUUGAGAACUUGCCGAUAUAGCAGGAUACACUCGAUGAUUCAAGUUCGUUGCGCGAAUCUGGGUCUGGAAAGGAUCCCCUCUAAUUUGAAGACGGAAAUUCAGAUCCUGGACGUGUCGGUGAACAGGGUACGAGUGUUGACGAACGACAGCCUGGCCCCGUACACGAACCUCGCCUACCUUUACCUGAGGGACAAUUUUAUCCAGGAAAUUCAAGAGGCGGCUUUCGACAAUCUCCGAUACCUGAAGAUGCUCGACCUCUCGACGAACGGGUGCGACACCCUGCCCAAAAGUCUCUUCCGUUUACCGUAUCUUCAAAAUUUGUAUCUAUCGAAGAACAGAUUGGGCGACGAGCUGUUCGAACGAGUGGAUGUUAAAUCCCCUUUAAUUCUGCUUCAAUUGUCUAAGAACAGAUUGGGUAGGAUACCGUCGUUGGGCCCGAUACCAACCCUCACCUAUUUGAACGUCUCCGAGAACAACAUCGGUUCCGUUUCGCCGGAGGAUCUGGCCCCUUUCUGCUCCCUGAAGAAACUCGAUCUGUCCAAGAAUCCGAUCAAGUUCGACGCGGGCAGCUGCGAGUGCCACACGUUCAACGCGUGGCUGCACGCGCGUGAAAUCGUUUCGAGGCCGGUGUACAAUUGCAGCGAGGAGCGGGCGAAGGGGGAGUGCGCGAGGCAAGAGUUCACGAACCGAACGAUGGAAUUGCACGAAAGGUGCACGGAAAUCCUGCGGUUGCAGGUCGAGACGGAGAAGGCGAGGAACACGUGGAUAUUGAUCGCCUGUUGCAUAUCCGGCUUCCUGUUCUGCUUGUUCGUGGGCCUGUUCUGCGUGCACAAGAAAAACAAACGGAGGAGGAAGAAGCUGAAGGAGGAGCAGAAAUUGAACGCGAACAACGCCAACACCGAGUUGCUCAACAGCAAUUUGAACCAGCCCGAGAAUACUUGAAAUCCGGGCGGAACGUCCGGUGAUUCUGUCAGAACGGAGAUACCGACCCGACGAUUUCGACUAUUGUGUUCAAUCCACGAGGAAUGGAGUGAAAACGUGUGCGACGAACGCUUGAGAAACGGGGAUUGUACUUCGUCCGAUUUUUAAAGAAAACUGAUCCUUUUAUUCUCAUCCGUGAUGCACCAUCGAUGAUUCUGUAAUAGGCGUAAAAUGUAAGAACGAGAGAGACUGCCGAAUUGCACGCGGUGAAUUCGCAAUCUUUGUGGAGACCGAUACAAAAAAUUUCAUUCCGCGCGAUUUGUAAGAAAAUUCGUUCGAAAAAUAUUGUAUCGUACGAAUAUUAGGUUGAUACAGAGUCGAUUGAGACACACGCGAAUUUCUAGUAUUAUCACUUUUCUGAAACUCGAGGGCCUUGUUUGUACGAAUUUAAUAAAGAAACAUGCAGAGAGAUUUGAAACUGGUGGAGUAAUAAGAAUCAUAAGAAAGGCAGUUUACGAUAUCCUUAUUAGAUCGUUGACAUCUGUUAAAUUGUUAAAUUAUAUAUUGUAAAGAAUUUAGAAGAGAACAUUUUUGAAAUUUUGUGAAUCGGAGAGUGAGAUAGGAAAACAAAAUGAUAAAAUAAAAUAAAUCGUUAAAUAAAUAUCUGUGUUCUAAAAAAAAUAAUAAUAAUAAUAAUAAUGAUACGAUCUCGAUUAUGGUUCGAUAACAUCGGUAAUCUGCGAAUUUAAUCGAAAACCGAUAUCCCGAAUUUCCGUUGAUUCCUAUUUCUACUAGCAACUAACAACAACUCUGAUUGUCGUUUACGAUAGUGGAAUUUCGAUAUUCGUAUUAUACGUAUUAUCUUACAGUUGGAAUGGAUUUCGAAAAUUAUAAACUAACUAAGAUGUAUGUGUAAGUUUCGAAAAGAUUUGCGAAUAUCGAUCGAAAACAGUACAUUUUUAAUCUCGUAUCGAUAUUCAUACAUUUUCGAUAUAAUUCUCAUUGCAUCUUUUAAACUUGAUUUCAUUCAAAGAGCAAAAAAUGCAAUAUCGGUUCCAUCGAAUUUUACUUCGAAGAUUAUUCUUCUCGUGUUACGUGAUACUAUAUUCUAGGUAUACAUAUAAGCUUUACAUAUGUAUAUGUUAAUAUAUGUAUAUGCCUAUACAUAUUAAUACAUAGGUGCAUACAGGAUGCACGUAUGUACGUACAUACAUGUUAUAUAUCAUAUUUAUUUAUAUUUAAUGAAAAAUAUUUUCUAUUAUUAUUAUAUUUGAGUUUUAAAAGUUAUUUAUGCUUUUUCUUUUCUUUUCUUUUCUUUUUUUUUUAAUUACAAAUUUGUGUUCUCUGUGUAAUAGAAAAUUUGAUGUUAUGCCUUUUAUGAAAAGUGCCAAAUAUCCAAUCCAUUAAAUUAAUCCAUUUUUUAAUUUAAAGUGCGACAUACGAAGAAGAAAUAAAACAUCAUAUUAUAUCUGAAGAUUAAGAUAUUACUGCAUAGUUCCUAAUAUUUGUACAAUUCUAUUAAUUAUUUUUUUUUUUAAUAGCGUGUAACAAUUAUUUUAUUUAAACGAAGUUAUUACUUUUUCUUUCGAGAAUUUGUAACGAUAAAAAAACGAUAGAGCAAAGUUCGAGUUGAUAGUCCACGUUUAGAUUUUGAAUUAAUAGCGAGUAAGAAACGAAGCUGUAACCUGCCGAUCAAUAAAGAUUCUUUGUAUGCGUACUUAUUUGUACUUAAUAUAUAUACAUUUGUACUUAAAUCAUAUUUCUAAUGUAUUUCUAUUAAAUUUUCUUUAACUUUUAGUAGAUUUAUUGUACAAAAAUAAUGGAUACCGACAAUUCGGUAAAUUCCAUAAAAUAAAUCUUUAA